CUCAGAAAACUUGAAAAUGUGUUAUUCCAGCUGAGACACCUAAAGUUCUACUAGUUAAUGUCCUUUUAAGGAAUUGUAGGUUCUGAAAUUCUAGUAUUCAUGUUACAAUUCCUGGUCCAGUUUACAGUGAAGCUUUACAAAGGGCAUUGCCUAAGUUAUAUGUAAUUCAAGUAGGAUCCGUGGGGUAACAUCUAUGAUCUCUUUGUUCAGUGAGCUACAAGCAUGCUUAGAUUGCUGGCUGCAGCUAAAUUGCGGUUCAAUUUUUGUGAUAUUAUUUUUACCAUUUAUCAAAUAUCUGAAGAGUGAUUAAAUGAAUCUGCACCAUUGGACAGAGUGUUUCAAGUAUUUUUCCCAGAAGAAAAUAUGUCCAAUGGUUUAAUUGCGUACCUUUUGCUUCUCCUAGUUGUCUUAUAUUUCACCGAUCUUGUUAUUUUGCAGCUGAUAAUGGAGAGAUAGACUGUUUCUCAACCAUGGCAAGUACACCAAUUUUAACAGUAAAGACCCUUCAUAUCAAUUCAGCGAUUCUUGCUGCAAGAAGUCGUUUCUUUCUAAAGCUUUUCUCAAAUGGCAUGAAUGAAUCUGAUCAGACGCAUCCAAGAAUCAGGAUUGCUGAUUCAGAGGAAAAUGCCUUUAUGGAGCUUUUAAGCUUCAUGUACAGUGGAAAGUUGACAACAAUUGAGCCCACUCUUCUGCUUGACAUCUUAAUGGCUUCCGACAAAUUUGAGGUUCUUUCUUGCAUGAGGUACUGCAGUCAGUUGCUCAGAAGCCUGCCUAUGACCACAGAAUCUGCACUGCUAUACCUAGACCAUCCAUGCUCCCUUUCAAUGGCUGUUGAAGUUCAGGGUGUGGUAGGUGCAGCCAGGGAAUUCCUUGCUGAGAAAUACAAGAUUUUAGACAAGUUUGAAGAAUUGAUGAACAUCUCUCUUUCUGGAAUCGAGGUGAUCUUUUCAAGCACUGACAUACAAGUAGCAUCUGAAGAUGCGGUAUAUAACUUCUUGCUCGAGUGGGCCCGUGCGCGAUACCUGGAACCGGAGGAAAGACGUGAGAUCUUGAGCAGCCGUUUGCUUCCGCUGGUAAGCUUCAGUCAUAUGACAUGUGCGGCACUUCAGGAGAUCCUAGCAUCCACUGAUGAUGACAUAGACCGUGAGCAAGUAACCAAGCGCAUCAAUGAGGUCCUUCUUCACAAAGCUUACCCAACCCAGAUGGAAGGUGCUCUUGCAGCAGAUGCAUCAACUCUCAAUUGGCAGUCUGCUGAGCGAACUUAUGGGUCCAAACAUGUGAAAGCGGUUGCAUUUGAUCGACCUUACCCACAGGUUAUAGUUUACAUGGAUCUAAAGCGCGACGAGUGCUCCCAAUUCUUCCCAUCAGGAGUUAUAUUGUCAGACUGGUUCCAUCUCGCAGGUCAGAAAUUCUAUCUCAUGGCAAACUGUGUACUGGAUGAGCAGACAGAGUUGUACAGCUUUGGCCUCUGGUUAGGGAUAUAUGGAAAUUCUAUUUCAGGCUCGCUGUGUUUCGAUAUUGAGUUUGCUGCAAGGACAAGAUCGUCAGGAAAAUUCUUGAGCAAGUACGGCGGUAGGCACACAUUCAGCGGGCCUUUGCUGGAGGGAUGCGAUGAUCUUUUUGGAGUUCCAUGGUCGACGUUCAUUGCGGACGACAGCCUCUUCAUCGACGGCGUGCUGCAUCUGAGAGUUGAUCUGACUGCGGUGGAGUAGCCUGAAUUAUACACCUGAUGGUAUUUCACUCAGCAAAGUUAGGGUGUGUCUUGAGCCCUGCAUGUGAUACUGUGAGCUGCUGCAGCAGCCAGGAAGUUUAAUCCCUGGGCGUUGUCCGGGGUAACCUGAAUCAUGUGUUGUUGUUGUUGAUCGGUUGCUACUGCAAGUCAGUAGUAACGUGUGUGUGUGCGCUGACUGCUGACUUUUGUAUGUUGGUAUCAUACUUUAGAAUUUUAUUUA